AUGAAGACGGACAUCGCCCGAAACGCCUUCGAGCGCCUACCGAAGGAGGUGCGGGUGCGGAUCUACGAGCUGCACCUCGUCCACGAGGAACCGCUCACCGAUGAGAAGCACAAACUCAUGGUGGGCCUUGACGAAAGCCGGUAUGCUUCAUUCGGAGAUAUCCCACCCCUCCUCACCUUGUCAAGUGAGGUGGAGAAAGAAGGCGCACCGUUCUACUACAGUCGGAACCACUUUGUCGGCGGCAACGGUCUGUUCAACUACUCGUUCAACCACUUCAUGUACUGCACGCCCAGGCAGCACCUCACACUGUUCAGGAAAGUUACGGUGCAGUGGGACGAAACGACGCACGGUGCUUACUACAUGUUUCAACGGCUGCGUGCUUUCACGGGUCUAGAAGCACUUUAUAUCCGUGUCGAUGAGAGGGCCAUGGUGAAGCGUAUGCUACGACGGAAGGAUGUGCCUUGCCAGGCCUUCGGCCGAGAUCCCUCUCCGCAACAGCAACUACAGCUCUUGCAGUAUCCAGGCCUGUCCGGUCUGCUAGAGCUGAGUGGGAUACCUCAUGUGGAAUUCGUCAAGAAAGUCAAUGCGAAGGGUGAAGAGAGCGGCGGACCGAUAGCUGGCGGCUUUCUUGAGACCCAGAUUGCACCUAGGUUGAUGAAGCUGAAGGUCAAAACCUGCGGACGUCACAAGAAAGCAAAGGCAGCCACAGGCUUCCCAUUCCUCAACCUCUCACCGGAGAUACGCAACCGUGUCUACGAAAUGGUACUUCGUGUUGACGGUGCAGUCCAGCCAAUCAAGGGUGUGCCAACCUCAGCGGCAAGGACCAAAGCGUAUCGCGACGACGGCGUUUACUCUGACUCCUCCUUAAGCCUGCUGGUAGUCAAUCGGCAGAUUCACAACGAGGCAGUCGGUAUCUUCUACCACCACAAUGAAUUCGAGUUUCAGUACACGCUCCGCCUCAACGCCUUCCUACUCAGUCUUGGGCCUGAGCGACUGAACUCACUUCGAGACAUCACUGUGCAUACAUACGAGUUCAAGAACGGCGGUCUCAGUCUCACGGAGCUUACCUUCAGCAUGUUCAAGCGGCUAAAAGCUCUGCGUAAGCUUCACGUCAUCCUCCAGGGAGACCUCUUCCGAAAGAUUGUGAAGUGGCCCUACCGGAAUGGCUGGUCUAUGUGCAGUGCCAACCCAGCAACGGCCCCAGGGAUCAAGACGCUCUUUAAUCUCAGAGGUCUCACCACUAUCCUAGUCACCGACGAAGAGCUGACACGGGGGCUGGAUGAUGUGAAGAAGGAUCCUUCAUACCCCACCUUCGCGGUCGCAUCAAAGAGCCAAUGCAUAGUCAGAGUAUCGAAGGCGCUGGAUCACCUCAAUGCUGCUUUGCUGGACGCUCAGUCCGGCAGAGUGAACCACAAGCUACUGGAAGACGAGAAGUGGCAAUGCAAAGACGACUUCCCAACGAUAGACCAGAUCCCUGCCGAAGAUGUGUCUCCGGACGGUGACUCCAGAAAGCAGUACGAUUCGGACGGCGAUCCUCUUGACGCGGAUGAAGAUCCUUUUGACGAAGACUAUCGACCGUAA